AUGCCUCGCAAACCCAAUAUCCUAGGGUUUCUCUUCAGCCUCUUCUUCCUCACAUUCUGCCAUGCCGAUCCCGGUUCCAAUUGCCUCAAGACCAGCCCUCUCGUCAACUCCGAGUCCGAAUUCAAAAUGGUACAGCACCAGCUCCGAGGCUCAAUUAAGAUAAUCGACGAUUGCUCCUUCAAAGUCUCCGAUUUCGACAUGCUCCCCGGCUCCGACGUCCACUGGUGGGGCGCCGCCGCUCCCGAUUUCACCAACCUCAGCGCCGGCUUCGUAGUCUCCGAUCAGAAACUCAACGAGACCUACAAAAGCGCGAGCUUUACGGUACGUUUGAGGGACAAUGUCACCUGGGAUCGGAUCCAGGUUCUCGCCGUGUGGGACCGGCCCACCGCCUCCGACUUCGGACACGUGAUUCUCGGCGAUUUCAGAAGCGGGUCGUCCGACCCGGCUCCUUCACCGUCGCCGUCGAGCGCAACCGGUUCGUGGAACGGGACGGGUCGGGUCCACACGGAGCCGACUAUGUUGGAGAACUGUAAGGUAUUGUCGAAGAACUAUAGGGUUAGAUGGACAUUGAAUUCUGAUGAGAAUAUAAUUGAUAUUGGAUUGGAGGCCGCCACCGGGACUAUGAAUUACAUGGCUUUCGGGUGGUCCAGCCCGAACUCGACUUCGGAGCUCAUGCUCGGGGCCGACGUCGCCGUCACCGGGUUUAAAGAGGACGGCCUGCCGUUUGUGAAUGAUUUUUACAUCACAAAGUACAGCGAGUGUACUUUGUACAAGGAUGGUGAGGUGAAAGGGGUUUGCCCGGAUACGAGAUACGAAGGGCCCGGCCAGAAUAGCGAGGUUAACAAUACCAAAUUGGUUUAUGGGCAGAGGAGGGACGCCGUGUCGUUCAUUAGGUACCAGAGGCCGUUGAUAUCAGACGACAAGAAGUACGAUUUGCCGGUGAACCAUACAGAGGAAAUGACGGUGAUUUGGGCGUUGGGGCCAAUAAGGCCCCCAGAUCUUCUUCAGCCUCACUAUCUUCCUCAAAACCAUGGGGGACCAAGGCUUGUGGUUUUUGGACAUUUGGUGCUGAAUGUUUCUGAGCAUGUGAAUGACUGUUUGGGUCCUCUGGAUGCAGAAGACAAGGAGGACCAACAACUCAUCAUCGCCGAUGCCAAUGCCCCACUUGUGGUUACUUCUGGCCCGGCAUUGCAUUAUCCAAACCCUCCAAACCCUUCAAAGGUUUUGUACAUUAACAAGAAAGAGGCUCCGAUGUUGAGAGUGGAACGAGGGGUGCCUGUCAAGUUUUCUAUACAAGCAGGGCACAAUGUUGCGCUCUACAUUACUUCAGACCCGCUUGGUGGGAAUGCUACCCUGAGGAAUGUGACCGAGAUUAUUUAUGCAGGAGGACCUAAAGCUCAAGGAGUUCAAGCCAGUCCCAUGGAAUUGGUUUGGCAACCAGAUAGGAAUACUCCAGACCAAGUGUAUUAUCAAUCUCUUUAUGAGCAGAAAAUGGGUUAUAAAGUGCAGGUGGUUGAUGGGGGUCUGCCUGAUAUGUAUAAUAACAGUGUUAUUUUGGAUGAUCAGCAAGUUACGUUAUUUUGGACAUUGUCAGAAAAGUCAGUAUCUAUUGCAGUUCGUGGUGAGAAGAAGAGCGGUUUUUUGGCAAUAGGAUUUGGCAGGGGAAUGGUAAACAGCUAUGCUUAUGUGGGUUGGAUUGAUAACAUUGGCAAAGGCCGGGUAAACACUUAUUGGAUUGAUGGAAAGGAUGCCUCGAGUGUGCAUCCAACAUUUGAGAAUUUGACUUAUGUGAGGUGCAGGUCGGAAAAUGGCAUCAUUACAUUCGAGUUCACCCGCCCCUUGAAUCCAUCAUGUGGUAAGAGUGAUAGACCGGAGUGUAGAAACAUAAUUGAUCGCACUACUCCUCUUAAAGUUAUUUGGGCAAUGGGUUCUACAUGGACAGAUGAGCAUCUAAGUGAACAAAAUAUGCAUUUUGUUACGAGCAGUAGGCCUAUUAGGGUACUUCUUAUGCGUGGUUCUGCAGAGGCGGAGCAGGAUUUACAGCCGGUAUUGGCUGUACAUGGAUUUAUGAUGUUUCUCGCUUGGGGUAUGUUGCUUCCUGGUGGAAUACUGGCGGCUAGAUACUUAAAACAUGUUAAGGGUGAUGGGUGGUACAAGAUUCAUGUUUAUUUGCAGUACUCAGGUUUGGUAAUCGUCCUACUUGCCCUUCUUUUUGCUGUUGCUGAACUUCGAGGUUUCUAUGUCAGCUCAUUGCAUGUUAAGUUUGGGAUUACUGCGAUAUUUUUGGCUUGUAUACAACCAGUGAAUGCAUUCCUAAGGCCCAAGAGACCAGCUCAUGGAGAGGAGGUUUCCUCUAAAAGGAUUCUUUGGGAGUACUUUCAUGUGAUCGGUGGAAGGUGUGCCUUUGUUGUAGGCAUUGCAGCACUGUUCAGUGGAAUGAAGCAUUUAGGAGAUAGAUAUGAUGGCGAAAAUGUUCAUGGACUUAAUUGGGCUUUAAUAAUUUGGUUCUUGAUUGGUGCAUUGAUAGUUAUGUAUCUGGAAUACCGUGAAAAACAACAAAGGAGGGAUAGAAGUUUUGGAAGAAGCAAUUGGGUGCUGGGGAACGUGGAGGAAGAUGACUCUGUUGAUCUGUUGAGCCCGAACGGAGUGCAUGCAGAGAAAGAAUCACAAACUUCAGGAAGAAUGGAAGUUCAAUUAGAGCCUCUGAACAGAUAG